GGCAGAGCGGGAAGGACAGAGGAGGGGGACCCGGGAAAGGCUGAGAUCCCUGCUGGGCCUUGCCGGAGCUGAGCUCCAGCCCCACGGGGAUGAAUCUGCCCUGGGGAAGGAGCCCUGCCCGCUUGUGGAUUUGCCCUGAGUCAUCCCUCUCUCCUGAGGCCACAGGAAGAAACCAUUGUGCGCAGGGGUGGAGGCGGCCCUCAGCCCAGGCCUAAACCAGGGAGGCCUGGGAAAGUGGGGCCAUGGACUGGGUGCAAAAUGGCCACGGCAGGGGGGCUCCCGGCAGGCCGAGUCACGGAGCCAGCCCCCCCCCAUAGCCUGGUCCUCCCACCAUGAGCGUGCGAGGGCCCGGCGCACCGUGCUAGCCAGUGGGCCUACAGCCAGAGAUCUGAGGCCUUUGGGCAGCCCUGCGGGCGCCCGGGGAGGGACGGGUGCUGGUAGGAGGGACAGCCCAGGCCAGCUGACGAGCGAGCGGGGCGGGCCAUGCUCACACCAGCCCUUGGGCGGGCUCAGACCAAGUUUCACUUCCCGCCACUGCUGCUGCCGGCAGCAAGAACCAGGCAGAGUGUGCACCCUGAGUCAUUGCUGCCUGCCGGCUCCUCGGCUCAGCGGCGGACACCCACCAUGGGCUCGCGGGCCCUGCCCCCAGGGCCUGUGCAGACCCUCAUCUUCCUGGACCUGGAGGCCACCGGCCUACCCUUCUCCCAGCCCAAGAUCACUGAGCUGUGCCUGCUGGCCGUCCACAGAUCCGCCCUGGGGGGCCUCUCCGCCCCUCAGGGGCCUGCGCCGACAGCGCCCCCGCAGCCCCGGGUGCUGGACAAGCUCUCCCUGUGCGUGGCCCCGGGGAAGGCGUGCAGCCCCGCGGCCAGUGAGAUCACGGGCCUGAGCACUGCCGUGCUGGCUGCCCACGGGCGUCGGGCCUUUGACGCCGACCUGGUCAGCCUGAUCCGCGCCUUCCUGCAGCGCCAGCCACAGCCCUGGUGCCUCGUGGCCCACAAUGGUGACCGCUACGACUUCCCCCUGCUCCAGGCCGAGCUGGCGCUGCUGGGCCUGGCCAGUGCUCUGGACGACGCCUUCUGUGUGGACAGCAUCGCUGCCCUGAAGGCCCUGGAGCCGGCUGGCAGCUCCUCGGAGCACGGCCCAAGGAAGAGCUACAGCCUGGGCAGCAUCUACACACGCCUGUACGGGCAGGCCCCGCCAGACUCGCACACGGCCGAGGGGGACGUGCUCGCCCUGCUGGGCAUCUGUCAGUGGAGGCCGCGGGCCCUGCUACGGUGGGUGGAUGCUCAUGCCAAGCCCUUCAGCACCGUCAAGCCAAUGUACGUGGUCACAACCUCUACUGGAACCGACCCAAGGCCAUCUGCUGUCACAGCCACAGUGCCCCUGGCCAGAGCCAGCGACAGUGGCCCCAACCUUCGUGGAGACAGGAGCCCCAAGCCAACCCCUUCCCCAGUGAAGCGCCCUGGAGCGCCACCCGGGGAGGGGCUGCUGGCCCCCCUGGGCCUGCUGGCCUUCCUGACUUUGGCGGUAGCCACGCUGUAUGGGCUGUCACUGGCCAUACCCGGGCAGUAGGCCAGGAAGGGAAGUCUGACUAAUAAAAAACCCCCACAGCA